AAACAGAGAGGAAGUGAGAAACCUAGACGUCACCGCUGUCAGCAAUGUGGCAAGUCCUUCACAAGAUCUGGACAUUUAAAGAUUCAUCAGAGACGUCACACUGGAGAGAAACCGUACAGCUGUGACCUGUGUGAGAAAACGUUCACUACACCAGGUCAACAAAGAAAGCACAGACGUGUUCACACUGGAGAGAAACCAUACCGCUGUGACCUGUGUGGGAAAGCGUUCACUACAUUAGGCGUACUAAAACGGCACGUACGUGUUCACACUGGAGAGAAACCGUACAGCUGUGAGCAAUGUGGGAAAACCUUCACUGCAUCAGAAGAUUUAAAAAUCCACCUACGUGUUCACACUGGAGAGAAACCGUACAGCUGUAAGCAAUGUGGGAAAGCCUUCACUACAUCAGAUGACCUAAAAAUCCAUGAACGCAUUCACACUGGAGAGAAACCGUACAGCUGUGAGCACUGUGGAAAAGCCUUCAAUCAAAAAGGUCACCUAAUAACCCAUACACGAGUUCACACUGGAGAGAAACCGUACUGGUGUGAACAAUGUGGGAAAAUGUUUUCCCAGGGUAGUAACCUUAAAAGCCACCAACUUGUUCACACUGGAGAGAAACCGUACAGCUGUGACCAGUGUGGGAAAGCGUUCACUAGACUAUGUUACCUAGAAGUCCACAGACAUUGUCACACUGGGAGGAAACCAUAUAGCUGUGUCCAAUGUGGGAAAACGUCUACUAGCAAUCAGUUUCUCAAAAGACAUGAAUGCAUUCACACUGCAUCAGUCUAAAACUGUUAGCCGAUUCCUCUCAACAUUAUCGUGACUGUGAUGGAUUAGCGUCAUGUGAUGACGCUUGGAGAGUAACUACACUCCCAAAUUCUGCUAGUUCCCUCGCUACGUAUUAAAAAGAUUAAGACUAAAUGACAAAGCAUUUAAUGUGCGCAUUAAAAUCCUAAAGAAGACUCCUAAUUA